AACUGUACAAUUUUGACAUUAGAUUUAAUCGCAUUUUUUCUUACUCCGAGACAGUUCUAAGUUGUGAAAAUAUUCACUAUGGGUCGUAAUCGCGAGGAUAGACAUCAUUACCACCACAGUUCACGAUCUCAAUCGUGUUCGAAAUCGUAUUCGUACUCAAAGCAAUCGCGAGGAAGCUCCAAUUCGAAUGGCAGAGAAGUAGAGAAGAUAAGGACUCGCAGGUCUGGCAAAAUAUCCGGCUGGGAUAUACCUCCGAUGGGCUAUGAGCAUCUGACGCCAAUUCAAUACAAAGUUAUGCAAGCGAGUGGUCAGAUUGCAUCACGAAUUGUGCCGGAUGCGCCGCCAACUGGCGAAUCGGCAGCGAUUGCGACGGUGACGCGACAGGCGCGUCGUCUAUAUGUGGGCAACAUUCCAUUUAACACAAGCGAGGACGAAAUGAUGGUGUUCUUCAAUGAAAAAAUGCAGCAACUGAAUGUUGGAGCAUAUCUUGAUGGCGAUGCGGUGCUUACGUGCCAGACAAAUCUGGAGAAGAACUUCGCCUUCCUCGAGUUCCGUUCCAUGGACGAGGCGACCAUGGCGAUUAGCUUUGAUGGCAUCAAUUAUCGCGGUCAGGCGCUGAAGAUACGGCGGCCACAUGACUAUCAUCCUGUGGUCUCGGUGUCCACCGUAAGCUUCGAGGCGAUGUUGAAGGGAACACAGCAAACCACAAAUCUGGCAAUCUCUGCCGUGGUGCCGGAUUCACCGCACAAAGUGUAUGUGGGCGGAUUACCCACGUGCCUGGGCGAUGAUCAGGUUAAGGAGCUGCUUAUUACCUUUGGCCAGUUGCGUGCUUUCAAUCUGGUUAAGGAUUCAACCGGUCAGAGCAAGGGCUUCGCCUUUUGCGAGUACCUUGAUCCAACCAUUACGGAGCAGGCCAUUGCUGGACUCCAUGGCAUGCAGCUGGGAGAUCGCAAACUCAUCGUACAGCGUUCCUUGGCCGGGGCACGCAGUUUGGCUUCCAAUCAGUUGCCUGUGCUGCAGGUGCCGGGAUUUCCUAUUGAGAACUUCGCAAGCGAGGCCACCGAGAUUCUUUGUCUGUUGAACAUGGUGGUGCCCGAGGAGCUGGGCGAUGAUGAGGAAUACGAGGACAUACGCGGGGAUAUAAAACAGGAAUGCGCCAAGUAUGGCAAGGUGAAGAGCCUCAAGAUUCCACGUCCCACUGGAGAAUCGGGUCAAGGUGGCUGCGGCAAGGUUUUUGUUCGCUUUGAGACUGUAGAAGAUUGCAAAAAGGCUUUGAAUGCGUUGAGUGGUCGCAAGUUUAAUGGACGCAUCGUGAUGACAUCUUUCUUCAAUCCAGACAAAUACAAGCGCAGAGAAUUCCAAUAAACUGAGAUUUUCUUGA